UGGUAAGAGAUAAAUGUACCGGAGAGCACUUUGCUGUUAAGUUCAUCCAGAGAGGCAACAAGAUCAAUGAAAAUGUACAAGGGGAAAUCAUGAACCACAGAUCCUUGAAGCAUCCCAAUGUUGUUCAAUUCAAAGAGGUUUUGAUCUAUUUGUGUUUCUUGGGUCUGAUCAAUACUUUCGAUCAAGUCAUCACUACUAAAAAGGUCACUGCUCAAUAUUGGACGCUAUUGGCUCUAUAAGCGGGACCGUGGUUCUUUCAAAUCGGAUCCGAGACAAGCAAUUCUCUUGAACCCAACCACCAAAUAAAUGGGUAGCACGAAAGACGAUCCACAACAAGUAUAGAAUCAAGAGUAGCUCCAAUAACCGUUCAAUUUUGUUCGUCCGUAUUUCUAAUAAUGUGGUUGCUGCAUUUAAUUUAGACUUGCUAGGUUGUGGUUGCCUUAAAGGCUUCUUCUUGCAUUUAAUUUAGACUUGCUUGACUCUAAAGGCCGAGCAUGCUAUUGUGGUACGAUAAAGCCAGAUACUUCUACAAAUGAUUCUACUAGCAUAGACAUUAUUCUAACUAGGACAAAAAUUACGCAAUGACAACCUCCUUCUCUUCUAGGGGGUGAAGCUGCCCACCUCAGAUGGAGUAGUAAACUCCAGUGUCCAGUGAGCCAUUUACCAUUUUCUUCACUUUAUUUGGAGUCUUGACCUACUUUAUUGGUGACGUCUUGACUACCUUGGACUUGUUCUUUGCACCUCUUGGCUUCCCCUAUUUCUUCGGAGCAUCUUGUAGAGUCUGCACAAUUGCCAGACGGCCAGACUCAUAGACACAACUUUAAGGUUAGUCCUGCCCGCAGCAAGACUAAGCCUAGGCUUCUUGGGCGACACACCAACCAUGUCAGACCGUUUCCUGCGAUCUGCACAACCUUGGAGCCACUGCCCUGAUCCUCACCACUAACUUGCGCAGCCUUAUUGGCUGCCUCGACAACCCCAACUUGCUCACUUGUGCCAUCACCACUGCUACCACCACUAUCCAGCAUCUCCCUGGCCCUGUUCACUUGCUCACCAUCAGCAACAGCUUCCACCUCCUGCUCGCCACCAGCUACAAUAACCCCGGUCUGCAUCGUCUUGAUAUGAAGAGCCUAACGUGCCCUAGGUUUAGGCACCGAUUGUGAUGAAAAUCUGGCCAGUCUCUGUGGCCUCUCUAGUGGGUGCUUGGGCUCCAAAGACUAAGGCCGACCCAGCAGAAAUACUGCGUUCAACCCUGGCCAAGGCGCGCUCUAGACUGCGCCAUGCAGUUGAGGUUUCCGCCCUCAAGAGCUCUUCUAACGGUGGUCCUAUGCAUGGCAGCCCGACAUGGGUUAUCAUGCCAUAAUAAAGACAGUGCCCAUAUAGGUUCUCGAAAAAGAACUCGAGAUCAGUGUCCAGGCCAUCCUCCACCAUGAAACACCGCCGAAAGACCAUCGGCUGCAUCUGAUCGAUCUCAACCCAUAUUCAAAUCCGGCAGCCUAAAACUCCACUAAAUCUUUUUGGAUAUAGCGCCCUAAAGCACUGUCAACUAGACGAAGGCAACGAUCAAUGUGAAAACCCGGAGGUAUUCCUCUGACAUUGAUCCAAAAUGAUAGUGAAGACAACAACACCCCACUGAUUGGACCAACUCUAUCAUAUGGAGCCAAAACCACCAGAGCCAGAUCAAAGCCCCAAGGAUCGCCCGCAGGAUGUGAUUCCGAUUAGAAGGGUCCAUCAGAGUAAACAGAAAGAAAAUGAAAAAUUUUAUUUUAAUGCAGUUAUAAUAAGUAGUGGGUAAAUUUCUUGUUAUGAACAUUUGGUCUAAUGACAUAAGUCUUUAUUUUGUGAGUAGAAAGUAUUGAGUCAGAUUUAUGGACGAGUGGUCGUUGAUAACUUGUUUAAGAGUAUCGUUAGCAAUGCUAGUUAUUUUUCAGUUAAACUUUAGCAAAAAUAGCUAAACAACUAUUUUGACAAGCCACUUUUAAAAUACCUAACUUCCGUAGUAGUUCUCUCUGUUUUAACUAGUUUUGAAAUUACAUUUUUUAAUGAAAAAAUAGUAUAAAUAUAUUUAUAAUUUAAAUAGAACAAUUUUUAAAGGAAUGUUUUAAAUUAACAAAAAUAAUAGAGUCUCAUCUCGCUCUCUAUAUUUUGGGAGCAACAUAGCUACAAGUUAAAGUAGAGAGCCAAUUAGGAGCUUGGUGCAAUUACUUAGAGCAAAUCUAACAGCUUCCCCAUAUUUUGAUUUUUCUCUAUUUUAGGGAAAAAUGAGUCUUUUUUGCUCUAACAAAUUUCCUAUAACUAUUCCCAUUUUAAGGAUAGUGAGAAAAGAGAAAUCAAAAUUCCCUAAAUUUACAGCAAUCUCUAAAAUUUUAAGGAAGAAUUAUGAAGAUGUUAGAAAUUGCUGUAAAAUAGAGAAUUUGUUGGAGUUGGAGAAGAAAAAUUAUGGAAAGCUUUGACUUUGACUUCCUUAUAAUAGAAUCUGUUGGAGUUGCUCUUAAAUUUAUAAAAAGUUAAAUAUGCUCUCCAAAAUAACUGAGUGAAGUUAAAAAGUCUGCUAAAAAUGUUAUAUAAUAAAAAUUAAAUUGUUUCAAUAAUGUUUAAUUUCUAUUAUUCACCAGUUGCGGAACCCCAGCAUGGUUGUAGAUACUAGCUUCCUUCUGCCAUAGUGAAGUAUUUUUUUUCAUAAGAACUGUCACCAGGCAUAAGCUUAACUAUAGCUAGCUUUGUCAAUUAAGUGCAUGUAAGGCCACCAAAGCUUAACCGUUGCAAUGAUAGUGUGGCCAUUGGCCAGUUUUCAAUUUGUGGCUAGGACCAAAGCUUUGUGGCCAUUAUGCCAAAGCUUAAAGGUCCUGCUGACACCAACUCAUCUAGCCAUUGUGAUGGAGUAUGCUGCUGGAGGAGAACUCUAUGAGAGAAUAUGCAAAGCCGGUAGAUUUAGUGAGAAUGAGGCAAGGUUUUUCUUCCAGCAAUUGAUAUCAGGAGUUGGUUACUGCCAUAAAAUGAAAGUAUGUCAUAGAGAUCUUAAGCUUGAAAAUGCACUCUUAGAUGACAGCACAGCACCUCGAGUGAAAAUAUGCGAUUUUGGAUCCUCAAAGUCAUUACAUUCUCGGCAAAAAUCUACUGCGGGAACUCCGGCUUAUAUUGCACCUGAGGUCCUAUCUGAAAAACAAUAUGAUGGAGAGAUUGCAGAUGUUUGGUCUUGUGGAGUCUCCCUAUAUGUCAUGAUUGUUGGAGCAUAUCCCUUUGAAGAUCCUAAGGACCCCACGAACCUUAGAAAAACAAUUCUGCGGACCCUUACUGUAUGCUACUCAAUCCCUGAUAAUGUACGAGUUUCUGUGGAAUGUAGAGACUUGCUCGCCAAGAUAUUUGUGGCAAACCCAGAAAAGAGAAUUACAAUUUCAGAAAUUAAGAACCACCGUUGGUUCUUAAAGAAUUUACCUAUGGAAAUGUGGGAAGGAGGAAGUUGGGAAAGCAAUGAUGUAAACCAUCCAUCCCAAAGCAUAGAAGAAGUCCAGUCCAUAAUACAAGAGGCAAGAAAACCUUUAAAGGUCCCAACUGUCAGUAGACAUCUCGUUGGAAGCAGCAUGGCUAUUGAUGAUGCUGAUGUUGGAGGUAAUUAAACAAGUGGUGAUUUUGUAUGCUCAAAUGUGAGCCAGUUAAAGUGUACAUAUGAUACAAACCAUACUUUGCCCUGCUAGCUCUCACCGCCCAUUUUGUUUUGCUGUAUUGAUAAGGUUUUGUUAUUGUAAAAGUCAAGUUUUGUCUUUUCCUUGAGGCUUGAGGGAUCCAAAGUUAAAGCCAUUUCUCCGUGUUCGUUGGCUGUGGCCUCUUUGCUCCGACUGUAUUUGCGUUUGGUGAUGGGAGGAUCUUGGAUCCAUAUCAGGUCGAUGGUCCUCAGGUUGGGAUGCCCGAAGGUGGUUUGAUC